GGCGCCGCGAAGUAUAUAUAGAGCGACUGGAAGGAGGCUGAGACAGAACGACUCGAGCUCUCACUCAGACAACAUCGAAGCCGCCUCCUCUCCCUCACUUCUCACCUUCACCCUUACAGUAUGAAGAUGCACGUGGCAGCAGCAGUGGCGGUGGUGCUGGCGGCGGCGCUCGUCCAAGCUCACCCACAAAGCUACAACUACGAGCCCCCCCAGCCCCCUCAGCCCCCAGCAGACCUACCUCGCCCCCCAGCCCCAACCCAUUUGUGUUGCUACUUGCGGUUUAUUUCUUCCAUAGUGCAACAACACGAGGGAAUGCCCUACGACUUCCAGUGGGGCGUGCAAGACGAGGACAGCGGCAACACCUUCAGCCACGUGGAAAACAGCGACGGCCAGACCACCCAGGGGGAGUACCGCGUCCUGCUGCCUGACGGACGCACCCAGGUGGUCAAGUUCUUCGACAACGGUGACGGCUACAACGCUGAGGUCACCUACGAGAAGUAAGACCCUCCUCCCGCCACACCUGCAGCUCCCCCAAGGCCACGCUUAUGACUAUUUAUAAACCGCCUCUUAGUUGUAAUAAAUUAAUGGAAUGAU